AUUCCACUAAUUUAGCAGAAGGGGAGGAGAGAGAGGGAGGUAGAGAGAGCAUGGCGCUGUGUUAUUGGUGAGCCGGGGGGGGGGGGGCUGUCGGAGCCUCUGCAGUAUCUGACCUGAAAAAAAAGAAAACACUGAACCCUCCUCCUCCUCCUCCACCUCCUCCACCUCCUCCUGCUGCUGCUGCUGCUGCUGAGAAAACCUACAACACCCAAACGCACCGGGCCGGGCGGGUUUUCCUCCUCCAGGUGUGUGAGGAGGAAAAAAAAACGCGGACGGAGAAAAAAAUCCUCCACCGUCGAUCCACCGCCGCCUCAUUCAUCCCGGAGAUCUGACGGAGAAAUCAGCCGCCGGUGACCCACCAGCCCCGGAGAAACCAGCGGAGAGCCGCGGAGACGCAGGGCGGACGGAGGGAGCUCUGUUUCGGCUUCAUUCCGUCGGGUUUGCUCGGUGCGUUCGGCGCCGGAGCUCGGUGUUUUUACGCGGCGGCUGCAGAGGGAGCGGAGAGCGGGGAGGAGGACGCGGGGAAGGAACGGCCGAGAGCGGAGCAGGGUUCUGGGGGGGAUUUUUUUGGCAGAAGGGUCGGUGUCUCGGUGCGGUGAUCCGAGAGGGAGGAUAGAGACGGACUCUCUGCCGCCCAUACACCCCCCCCCCCCUCCACCAAUGGGUUAAAGUCGGUCUGUAUGCAUUAACGCCGCGCAGAGCCUCGGGUCCGUCCACACCUGCUCACACCUGCACACCCCGACCUGCAGGGGCUGUAUGAUGUAGGAACCACCUGCCCCCCACCACCACCACCACCUCUGCUCCAUCUCUGCAUCAUCAUCCUUUAAACACCCCCCUCCCCUGUAUCACUAUCCCUGCCUCCCCCCCCCGACCCCCCACCCAGCGUCCCACCAUGCCGGCGGGGAUGAAACCGCUGGAGAAGUUCCUGAAGAAGCAGACCACGGCGCUGACCCGGGCCGGGGGCUUCGUCGGAGGGGUGGCGGACAAGGCCAGCGGGGGGACCGGGGCGUCCCGCCGGAGGGCCAGCCUGUCCCGGGUCGUACCGUUCUUCAGGGAGACGUCACCAGAGAGCGGCCAGGCCCGGGAGGUGUUCAGCCCCGACAGCGAGGACCCGCCUUCCUGGCCCUCAGCUACAGGGACCGGUCUGGUCACAGUGCCUAGCAGCGCCAACGGCUCUGGGUCGGGCUCCGGUUCCGGUUCUGGUUCUGGAGGAGGAGACGUCCGCAGUCCGUCUCUGUCCAGUGACGAGCAGAGCUCCGAGGCCAGCCUCAUCACAGAGACCAGCAGCAGUGGCGGGGGAGGAGGAGGAGGAGGAGGCGGAGGCGGGACACCUCUUCACCCCGACACACCUGACAACCUGACCCUCGCCGUGCUGGACAGCGUGGCGGGGAAACGCUACGGACACUGCACAGAAACUCUGCUGGAUGACUUCAUGUUGACACAUCCCAUCUUCCUGACGGCCGACAGGUUACAGCAAGUCCUGCUGCAGCAACUCUCUCAGAUUCACUCUGGAGACGGAGGGGAAGGAGGGAGAGAGGAGAGGCAGGGAGGGGGAGGUGGAGGGUGAGAGGAGAGAGGGAGGAGAGAGAGGGAUGGAGAGAUGGAGGGAGAAACAGACGGAGGACUGGACGGAGCAGAGAGGAAGCAGGCGGUGCUGAACGUGGCGUUCAGGUACCUGGACACCUACAGAGAGCUGCUGCAGGAGGAGGGAGAGCGCAGCAACAGCUUCCCUAAGGAGCUGUACCUGUGUGCGGUCCAGGAGCUGAGUCGGUAUCCUGAGCUGGUGGAGGACGUCCUCAAACUGCAGAGAUGGACCGAGAUCUUACACUGCCCCUCUGAUGAGGAGAAGGAGAGCAGGAAGAAGCAGGUCCGUCCUCUGUUCAGACACUUCAGACGUAUUGACGCCUGCCUGCAGCCCAGAGAGGCCUUCAGAGGCUCCGACGAGAUCUUCUGCAGGGUCUACACUCCGGAUCAUUCCUACGUCACCAUCAGGAGUCGUCUGUCCUGUCGGGUCGGAGAGAUUCUGGCUCUGGUCAGAGAGAAACUCCAGUACAGCGAAGAUCAACCGGUCCUGCCUGGAAACCUCAUCCUGGUGGCCGUCACGUCAGCCGGAGAGAAAGCAGUGUUUCGUCCCAGUGAUGAAGCUGUGUUCACCACGCUGGGGGUCAACACUCACCUGUUCGCCUGUGAACCUUCUGAACUCGACUCACUGCUUCCUCUUCCUGAGGAGAUCCACUGGACUCCAGGUGACAGUAAACUCCACGACAUGUCAGCGGAGGAAGUGGCCAAUCAGCUGGUGGUGUUUGACUGGGAGCUGUUCAGCUGCGUCCACGAGGUGGAGUUUGUGUGUUACGUGUUUCACGGAGAGCAGUCGCGCUGGCGCCCCCUCAACCUGGAGCUGGUACUGCAGCGCUGCAGCGAGGUGCAGCACUGGGUCGCCACCGAGAUCCUGCAGUGUCAGUCGCUGCCGAAGAGGGUCCAGCUGCUCCGCAAGUUCAUCAAGAUCGCAGCUCUGUGUAAGCAGCAGCAGGACCUGCUGUCGUUCCUCGCUGUGGUUCUGGGUCUGGAUAAUCCGGCUGUCAGCAGACUACGACUCACCUGGGAGGGACUCCCGGGGAAGUUCAGGAAGCAGUUCCAGCAGUUUGAGAGCAUCGCGGAUCCCUCCAGGAACCACAAGUCCUACAGAGACCUGAUCACCAGCCUGAGACCUCCACUAAUCCCCUUCACACCUCUGCUGCUUAAAGAUCUGACGUUUCUCCACGAGAGCUGUAAGACGUUUCAUGGCGAACUCGUCAACUUUGAGAAGAUGCAUAAAGUGGCAGAGAUGGUGAGGAUCAUCAGACGAUACAGGAGCACUCAGCUAGCCAUGGAUACAGAGACGUCCCCCUCCCACCUGCAGACGAAGGCCUACGUCCGCCAGUUACAGGUGAUCGACAACCAGAAUCUGCUGUUCGACAUGUCCUGUAAACUAGAGCCUAAAGACACAUAAAGAGGUGGACAGAGGGAAACAACAGAGAAGAAAGAAAGAGGUUUGGGAUGAAGAGGAAGAGGAGGACGACAAUGUUCAGAUGCUUUUCUUAAGGAAGUUUGUGUCCAGAAACAAUAAAGCAAAGAAACAAAGGAUGAAAGGAUGUUCAGGUAGAAGGAGAGAGGAGAGAAGAGAGGGAAGGAGCUGGGUCUGGAAAAAUCUUCAAAAUCUUCUCCUCCUCUUCAUCCUCAAAUAGAUAAAAGAAAAAUUUAUCCUCCCUCCAUGAUUCUGACUGUCUGCCUAGAUUCCCUUCAUUUUCUCCAUUUCCUCCCUUUGCAGCUUCCUCCUCCUCCUCUUCCUUCCUCAUCCCUCCAUCAGCAGCUGUCCAGUCCAAACACUGCCAGCAGCCAAAAACUUGUCACGUGAAAACACACGGAGACGUUUUCAGUUCACAAUCCAGUCAGAGUUCGCAGUUAAACCUCGACAGAUCGUCUUCAGUCUGUGACGGACGUUUUAUCCCAAAGGCCUGGCGUUCAUCAACGUGGAACUCUCUUGAAAUGUUCGUAAAUGUCUGCUUUGAGCGUUCAGGAACCUACAGCGAGGAAAAGGUCCAAGAUCUGUUCAUGACAUCCUAAGGGCAUCAAAAAAAGGUCCAGUUUGAGACACAUUGCUCCUCUGAAAUCUCAGCUUUGUUGUGUCUGAGUGAAAUAAACCAGGUCAGAGGUGAAACAGGACAUCAGUGAGGAAGAGGAAAUGAAUCUUCGAGAAGCUGUUGGACGUCCAAGAACUCUGGACUCUUCUUUGACCCAACGGUUACACCUGUUUUUGUCAUUUUCUGCACUUUCCCGCCCUCUUUUCCCUCUUCCUGUGGCGGCUGACCAAUCAGACUAGAGACAAUCUGACCACCUGACUGACACCUGUUGACCUUUGACCUUUGACCUUUGACCUUUGAUCUCCUCAAAACAGCUUCCACCUUGUCGUUUAUGCUCCAUCUUGUCUUCGGCCCAAAGACAAGACAACGUAUACAUUUUUUCCAGUGUUACUAUUUAACACUAACACUAAAUUUAACACUAACACACUUUAACACUAAAAGCGUUUAAUCGAUCAAUUGAGAAAAUAAUCUGCAGAUUAAUCAAUAAUAAAAGUAAUCAUUAGUUGCUGUUGUUUUCAAGUUUCUCUAAUGCCAUUUAUAGACUCUGUCAACACUAAAAGUGUUUAUGAAGCCAAGUGUUUUUGGAGGAAAUCGAUUUCUCACAAAUGGAAAUCAUGGAUGUGUCAAAAGCCUCAGUGGGUUUCCACAUUUUUGGGCCUAUAGAGCAGAGCUAGAUGAGUCAUGAAUCAUCUGUGAAACAGUCAAAAAUUACACUUUUCAUCGAUUGUCACAUUGGGGAGCUCCAACAGACAAAAAGAUGAUGACAGUCAGAGGAAAUUAUUCAGACGAUCCAACAGUCUGACAGCAGAGAAUGAGAAUGAUCUGUUCUACGCAUAUGGUUUUAUUUACGGUUUCUGUUUUACAUGAGAAAAGGUUUAAAGAAUCAGGACUUUCUCUUCGGACAAACAGUUUAGUCUAAAAGUGCUUCAUAUCUUCAAGUCUUUUUUCCAAAAGCAGCCGUUGCCUUAUAUUCAGGCCAAUACAGUACUUCAGCCAGUAAGCAUCUCUGUUUAUCUACACAAAGAAGGGUGUUAUGAGUAACAAUAGGUUGCAGUUGCUCAACAACACAUCAUACUGGUUGAUCAAAUCCUGAUGGGUUACAGGUUUGAAACUGAACUGGACGUGUUAAAAUUAUAGCCAAAAGCCGAGCAAGGACGAACAGAAGCUGUUAACAUCUCUGAACAACAACAUGCAGACGGAGAAAAAUGUUCCAACCUGAGGAUGUAAAAACGCCGGCAGACAAGUGAUUCUUUUACUGAUGAAAUCUUUCAAAGACGAACACUGUGCAGCAGUCGGUUUGUUCACCAGGAUCUUUUCUUAAAGAACAUGCAGGAACAACCGGAAAAGAAAUAAAUCAUGACACUAAACCAGUUUUCGUGCAGGUGGAGCCAGUCGAAUUUUGAUGACACCACUUUUUAAACUGUAACUUCUGAAUAUGAGUUUACACCUGAGACUCCUGCACUCAGAAAUCUGUCGUCUGGAUUUCAUGACUGAAUAUAUUUUUCCAUCAAAGUACUGAACUCUUUUACAUCAAAUAAAGGACACAAAGGACCAUGUGGUGGACCUGUAACUGAACUCACAGUUAUAGUUGAUUGUGUCCAUGGUUUACAUCAGUGGUAAGGGCUGUUUGGCUGACCUCUGACCUCUGAUUAGUGGUUUGCAUCAGCUGCCAUAUUUCAAACAGAGCAAUCAAGAACUUGUUUCUUUAUCUGAACGCCCCAGAUUCCUCCAGGAUUUAACCUAAAACAGUGAUGGCGUAUUCACUGACUGAGUGAGUGUCUGUGACGGACUUGUGGACAUUUUGGGACUUAAUCACACUGUGUAAGUGGAGGAUGAUCAAGAUGUUGGACUUUCCUCGCUGGAUGAGAGUGUGUAGAUGCUGGUUUUCUACCGAACAUAGUUUUAGUUUCAGUCUGAAGACGUGAUCAGACUGUUUCAGUCUUUUCUGCUUUUUGUUUAAGGACUUUAAUGAUGAAUAUUAUCAUUAAAUGUCUCUCAUGGUGUUUUAUGAUCAGAAUUCACAUCGCAUUCACUUUAAGGGACUAUACCGCUGUUUUUGCAUGUUUUACCCCGUUUACUACACAUCAUGAGCAAUGCAGCUGUUUUCCAAACCACAAACAAAGUGUUUUACAAUUUUGAACACUGGUUAGUUUCCUCCAGGCAUCCAUAGAUGUUCAUUUCUAGAAACAUCAACUUGCAUAGUUUGUAAACUUGCAGUCAGUCAGUUCAUAAUCACUUCUCUUUGCUCACAAACCUCAACAUAAUGAGAACAGGUGUAAUAUUUUAAAAAGUAUGUUUUAGUAUUUCGAGAUAAAGCUGUAAUCUUAUAGGAAAAAGUUGCUUUGUUGGAAGUCUCUCAUGUGACAGUUCCCUCUCACCUUCUGAGGUUAUUCUUUUUCUCAACUUUGCUUCUGGGAGACUGGCAGGAAGUUCAGUGCCACAGAGGUGCAGCUGAUUCCACCUUAUUUAUAGACUACUUGGAGAAAUGUGCUGGCUCACACCAAACCUGUAAAGUUGUUUGAGGAGGUAAAAAUAUAGCAUCAGUUUCUCAAAAACAUAAUCACAUUGUGCAUCAACAAAUUGCUACAGACUGCUGCUUCCUUUAGAAAGAAAAAUAUCUGUGCACAUUGAAAACUGGUUUUCUGAAAGAUGUAAAAACUCUUUCUAAAAUCUGAAACACUUCAGUCUGUUUUUGGGUAAACAAUUGGUUAUGAUGUUUGUGAGCGUUGGAGAAAAUGGGCAAAAACAUGCAAAAAAAACCCACAGGUAUAGUCCUUUAAGAAAGUGAGAGCGACCAUAAGCUGAUUGAACUGAUGAUCACAUGAUCCCAGUCAGCUGAGUUUACAGGACGACAUCAUACUGGAGAGAUCAAUACAAACAUAUAAGAGGCGACAGGAAAACUUUAUUUUCUCAGCAUUUGGGAUCUCACUGCUGUCACAUCUGAAGGACCAAUCGGCUUUAAAGGACAGACCUGAACGGCCCCUACAGAGCUGCCCUCCCAUUGGUUGGUUUGGUGGAUUGGUGGGUGGAGGUCCGAGGCAAUAACAGAGCGACAGGAAGUGAAGCUGGUUGGUCAACUUCUCGCAUCAACGAAGCACUUUUGCCAAACCUCAGGGCUCAGAGACACAGAGAGGUUUUGUUUACUCUUUAUUCUCAAUUUUCAGUAGAGUUCAGUUAAGUUGAGUCCAGUUGUGUUUGCGAUCAAUUGGUUCUGUGUUUGUACAGCUGAUCUCACUUCAGUCAUAUUUACUAUAAUAAUAGAAAUUUACAGAGUUGUUGUUUUACGUUGUGAUCACCACCAGAUCUGAGUCCAGUUUGGCCACACUGAAACUUUGUUUUAGUUUCUGAGCGAUAGAUCAAUGAUUCAGAGCCGUGUACGGUGUAAAAAAAAACCCAAAACAAAACAAAAAAAACCUCCGUCUGAAGUCAUUGAGUCCUAAAGUUAAAUCAAGUGUUUUCUAAUGCACACCUGGUAGACAGAGGCAGAGUUUGAACUUUAAACAUAUAGCAUGCGUCAAGGAACUUUUUAUUUUAGAGAUAGACUAUUUUCCUAGUUUAAGAGAAUAAGACUUUGAGACUCAACCCAAGACAAAAUGAUUAUGAUGGAGGUUUUUUUUGUUGUUGUGCAUUGAAGAGUUUCAGUCCAAUAUGUUUUGUAUAUUGUACAUUUUUAAUUUUUUUAAUUAAUUUCUGCUGUAGCUGCUUCACAGCUCACAAUCCUAGAGAUUUUGGGAAUAGAUGUAAUGGUUAUAGAAAAUAAAAUUAAUUUAUAAUUUAGAGGAAAAAAGUCAUAGUUUAUAUGAAAAAAAUUAUUCAGAGCGAAAUGUCUUCAUUAUAUAUAGUGACAUGACUGUUUACAUUAAGUUCCUGUAAGUUAAAUAUUUUAUCCAGUAUCUUUCUUUGCGGAUGGAUUGAAACUCUUCAGUGCAUCAGGACGGUUCAUGUGUUUGUAAAAUUUAUCUGAAAGUGUAAACGUGUGUUUGAAAGAAUAUGUCUGUGCUCAGCUCUGGUGGCUGGUGAGACUUUAUCAUCCUCCAUCUGUACCAUAACAUCCUGUUUGUAAAAGCUCAGUGAGGCUGAUCCCGUCCAGAAACAAGUCCAACUGCUCACACAGAGGAAAACUGUCCAUCUCCAUUGUAUCUAGUUAACGUCUCUGGAGUCUGGGGGGUCAAGUAUUCAGGCCAGAAAACUUAACCAAGCUUUUAUGGUAAUAAUGGGUCUUUAUGGAAGCCGUGUAACAAGUUUCAAACAGAAGAUCCUUCUCUUUCACCUGUAACUAGUAAUUUUACCAGAAAAUAUACCUGCUAUAAAGGAGCAGUUCAACAUUUUCCUUUGAUUGAUUUUGAAUUAAAACCUCAUAUAUAUCCCAAAUUCUCCUCACAGAUCUUUUACAGUGACUCAGACUUUGAGGAGCAUGAUGUGUGAGCUGAAGUUGUCUGGUUCUGGACGGGACACAACCUGCAAAACUUCUCCAGUUUGACAAAACCUUACAUCAAAUAUAGAGUUUUGAAACCUUUUUGUUCUCAGAACAGAUUCCAAGAACUCCCAAGAAGAUGAGUUUGAACUGUAAAGACCACUAGUUCGUGUUCAAACCCCCAAUAAUAUGAGUUUGAACUUCUCAAAGCAGGAGUUCGAGUUCAAAUUUGCAAGAAUAUGGAAGUCUGAGCUUUGUCAAAGAUGAGUUUGAACUGGUAUUCUUAAAGUGCAAGUUUUGCCAUCGUUACAUAGCCAACAUUAGCAUUAACCUCUAACCUCUUGUAUUUUAAACUAAGCUCUCAGUAAGCAACCAUCACCACCAUCUGCUCCUGGCAAGAAACCAUGUUGCAAAAAAAUUACCAAUUGUCCCUUUAAGAGUUUGAAUUCCAUUUGGGAUUUCCAACAACACAAGCUCCACAAACCUCCAAGAACACAAGUUCAGGUUUUAACUCAACACAAGUUUAUUCUCCCAAAUCACACGUUUAAGUUUAUAUUUCAAGAAUCGAAUUCCAUGAACACAUUUGAACUCUCAAGAACUCCAGUUCAAAUGUUCAGAAACUCAACUUCAAAUCCCCAAACCACCAGUCAAAGAGACACCUGAUUUAGUUUCCCAUGUUCCUAGUUGAGAGUGACUCAUUUGAAGAAUAAUGUGAAUUCUGCUGUUCUUAGUCUGAGAACAAAAGGAGUUUUCAUCGACUCUGUAUUUGAUAUUAAAGGUCUUGUUGAGGCAGAGAUGUUUGUCGCGGUUUGGUCGGGUACAAAACAUGAAACCCAGCGAAGAUGACAUCAUCACUAGUCUGCCAGUGGCUCUCUCAGGACCACUUCCUGGGUGUUGAGCGCUUUAUUAUGGAUCCCACCAUAAUUCUGGGCAGAAACAGAAGUCCUAAACCUGAAGUGUCUCUAAUCUGAACCCAAACAAAACCAGUCUCAACAUUAAACUGCCCAAACCUCCAAGCUUUCCAGAACCGAUCACAGCCCUGUACUUCUGCUGGGAUCCAUAAUUUCGGAACGUGGGCGGCCUCUUGGGUCGAAGCUGCCCGCUGUGUCGCCUGUAAGAAAACACUGAAAAAAUUAAAAUGUGUAUAUUGCAACCCUGUAAAUAGGCAAAUACUAACGAAGACUCUAUUUUAUGUAUGAGCUGAGAGAGAGAGUGACACAAACUCAAGGAGAAAUAUUUGAUUUGGUGUUUUUUAUUUGUAGAAGUAAGAACGUGUACAGUGACAACAGACAAAGACAGAAAUAAUGAUGAAUAUAUGAGUUUAUGAAUUGUACAGUUAAAUUUCUUCAGUUGGAUUGUUCUCUUGUUUUCUAUCUAAAGCUUGGGAUUGUUUCUGUUUGUUUUGUUUUUUUUUGUACAGAAGUGGUUGUUUACAUCGAUACGAGUCCUUAUUUCUGUGAACGUCAGACAGUUGAUGUGAUUGGAGCAGAGGUCUGGCAUGGAGCGCGGCCUGGAAGGUUGGUGUUGUAUUACAAAAUAUUCUGGACAAACACAACAAAAACAAAACUUCAGGAACUAGUACAGAGUAUUGUAACAUAUGAUGGAGUAUUAUAGCAACUGUUGUGGGAAAAUAAAAUCUUGAAAUUUUGACAAUAAAGUCGAAAUUAUUUUUCAAAAAUAAAGUAAUAUUUGAGAAAUAUGUCAUAAUACUAUGAUGUAAAUCUGUGUGUUUUAGAAUAAUGUUACAAUUGUGCAAAAAAAGUUAAUAUUUCAAGAAUAAUUUUACAAAAGACAAGUCAUAGUGUUGAGAGAUUAAAUUGUCAUUGUCACAAAACAGUUCAAAUAUUUCAUUUUAAAGUUAAGUUGUAAUUUGAGAAAAACUAAAAAUAUUUCAAGAAUUGUUUAAACUUUUCAUACAAAUUUACAAAAUACUAAUAAGUAUAAGGGAUUCAUUAAGAAAGGUUGUAAUUAUAGCAAGAAAAAGGAGAUAAAGUUGUAAUUUUACAUUAAACAAGUUUUAGUACUAAAUAAUUACAGUGCAAGCAAUAUUUUGUUCUGCAUAAUAUUGCAACUUUUCUGGUCCAAUUUACUGUCAUAAAAUUAAAAUUAUUUUUUCAGAUUUAUUUUUUCCUUAACAGCUGGUCUGAUAAUCUGCGUAGUAAUGCACUUUAACAUGCAUGUCUGGUAGAAAUGUUCUCCUUAAAAUUUGUUUUGGAAAUCCACCGAGAUAGGUGACAAAUCUCUAUCACUGACCAACGAAGUGAUUUGAAUGGAAAAAAGUACAAACAAAUUUAUCUAAAAAAUGUUAAAAAAGGAAAGACAGGGAGAAUCAAGUUACUGGAAAGUUAUUGACUAUACUGAAUCUAACUGAGGUUGAAGUGUUCAUUCGUGGGAAGUUUGUGAACUGAAGUCCAGCUAAAAUGAUUGAAAGAACUGGUUCUGAGUCUGGGCCCAUCUCCAGCAGACCUCUGCUCCCUCUGCUGUCACACUACAGACACUGAAAUAAAACCUCUGGACAACAA